AUGAUUUCAAUUCCAAAGCGAGUUCGGCCGAUAGUGCUCUCGCGGAGUUUGUCGUCGUCCAACUUGCUCCUCAAAGACAAUCUAGAGUGGCUAAAGCCAACAGCAGUCCCACUUGAAGAGUCCCUGAGCAAAAUGAAGACAAAAAUCGCUGAAGAGAAAUCAAACGAUCUUAAAUAUUUGGCUAAGGAAAUACUUACUGGGAGAAAGCCUCCUGUACGAAAGCAGAAUACAAAACACAGGGAUCUUCACGAGUUCAAUGAAAAAUUUUUAACAGCAAAUCCGACUGUGCGCCUCCAUCUUGUCAUAUUUUACAGUAAAUACUUUCACAAAGAAGGAAUAUCAGGAGUACGAACGCCUGGUUGGCGCCUCAAGCAAGGAAAACCUUACUCUGCGCACGAUGUCGUUACCUCGAUCAGCUUUUUUGAAAGUCUUCUACUUGAGAAAUAUAACAGAAGCUACAGCGAGGAGUUUGCGAAGCUUUCGAUAGGCUCGCCCGCGGACGUGCGCUGGAAAAGAUUGAAAACUAUUCUGGACGAAGAGACAAUCGACUCUAUUGAGAGAAGAUGGUCUUCAGGAAUCACCGAUCAAAUGAGCUUUGAGAAAAACUUUUGGGAAGGAAGUCUUGAGUACGCUUCGGAAGAGCUGCCUUGUUUUUCCAAAUUGAACUUGGACAAAGAAAUAGUUGACUUACUGAGCAAAAACAAAAAGAAAGAAAGCAGCGGGAGUUUAACGAUCUCUGAGCAUGUUCAGAAAAUUGUAAGCGCUCAGGACGAGCGUGUAACGCCUGCAGAAAUACAUAUAAAGCUGAGAAAUGGGGAAAUCACAAGUGAAUCAGAUUUAUUCACUGCGUUCAUGUACAAGCGCAUCCGUCGACCGCGGCUCAACGUCGAUGCCAUUGAAAAGUCCUUUUUUCGCUUCCAAAAACUUUGCAGCCUCAGAUCUCUGCCGAGUGACGCCGUAGAAAAUGUAAUUUCUUCGAAAAAGAAUCUUCUUGGAGCAAUAAGUCACGCGAAGAAGGCGAGUAAUUUAUGGAACGAGGAACAAGAAAAAUUCGAUGAAAAGUUCAGUUUAGACGCAGAGAAAAAGUGCUCGACAAAAGGACACGACGAGUUGAAGAGAUUCAAGGCGGCGAAAGCUGCUGCUUUAGACCAUGUGAAGCAUUUGAAGAAUGAAUCGAAUAAAUGCUUUCUCAAAAAACAACAUGCUGAAUAUGUUCUUUUCAAAGACGCCCUAGCGAUUCCUAACGCUAUUUCUUCGCAAACAAAAGAGCGAGAUAUGGUGCUAAAAACUUCGAAGCAAGAAACGUCUAAAAAAGGACUGACUGCGGAUCAGUUGAAACAGUUAUUCGACCAUGAGAUAAUCGUUAACAGCAAUCAACAUGAUUCGAGCAAGUCCUUGAUCUAUUAUGGGCAACUGGCAGAGUUUUAUUCUGCUCUUGAAAAGUAUAUGUUGAGUGUUUUGGCGAUGUCUGGUCAUUUGGAGUACGUUUCAUCUAAACGGCCAGGGCCCUUUGUCAAAGAGGCUUUCUGUGGCCCAAAACUGAGCGAUAAGAACAUCCAAGCUCGCGAAGAGUCUAUUUAUCAUCUGCAUUCUGCUGUCAUCUCUCGAAAAUUCGAAUAUUUUGAAAGAAAACAAACUCAUCAUCUUUUCACUGAUUUCAAAAGAGGAGAUCAAAAAUCGACCGAGUUUCCUUUCGUUUCCGUGUCCAGAACUUCGCGGCAAUCUGAGAAAGCAUUCUUUGCUAAUCUCAGCGCUAUUGAAAAUAUUCUAUCCUCGUUCCAAAUCGAGUACCGAGUGGUGGAGUCUGGAAUCACCAAUUUGCAAUUUUCAUCUAUGCGAUCGAUCAAGGUAGAGGCCAGGUCUCCAUCGACAGGGCUGUGGCAUACUUUCGGCCAAGUAAAUCUACGGGACGAUUUUAUUGCCUCACGACUUGGCAUUUUUCACGAAGACGACAGAAAAGAUGAAUUGCGCUAUUGUUACACGUGUGAUGGGAAUUUCGCGUCUACCGGUGUGCUGAUGAAUGUGCUGCUUGAAAAACAACAAAAAGAAGAUGAAAAGGGCACGAUCUCGAUAGCACCUCAACUGCAGCAAUUUAUGUCUGGCAAAACCCAUAUGAAGGCGAACGAGUGCCACUCCAGCCACUUUUAUAGUGGCGUUUUCGCCACCAGCUUCAAAGAGAAUGGAUCAAUGGGCGUUUUUCGCGGAAAAGGCACGCUUCGGCGGAAAGAUUGGCCCGGCUUUGAAAAGUGGGAACUUUCAAGUGAAUUCACUGAAGACUCUACCGACGAGAGUGAAUCUGUGCUCAUUGAUCUUGAUUCUACUGAUUUUCACCGGAAAUCGUCUUCGCGAAUGCUCAAUUUUCUACGCGGCCGGCAGGAUGCGGGCCCGGACGUCUACGACAAACGUCUAGCGGACUACAACUUCUCUGCUUCGAUCACACACGGCUUUCCAACUCAACCAACAUGUCUUGAUAUUGAUCCCAUUUUAAACUUACUCGCUAUCGGAUCACGAUUAGGAUGUAUUCGAAUCUACGGAGCACCGGGUGUAGAAAUGAUCGGCGCAACAGAAGAUGAGGUUGUUAUAAACAGAGUAAAAUGGCUUCCGGGACGGGGUGCAAUAGCUGCUGUCUUGGAAGACUGGAGUUUGCAAAUAUUUCAUAUUAUCCCUUUGAAAACAGGGACUAAAGGAGAAAUGGGGCUAGCUUUGAGAUGCACUUUCAAGCCUGAAACACGUGUGGAACUGACAGCUAUAGAAUAUUAUCCAAGAAGUAACUUAAUUUUAUGUGGAACUGAUCAGGGAGACAUCUUCAGCUUAUCAGCGGACACAUGUGAAAGAAAAUAUAAUGAAUUGGACCAAGCCCUAAAUCACGCUACGAUAGCGUCUUGUCUUUCCGAUGAAUACAACAAUCUACGGGCGGUGGAGGAAAUCCACGUUCGAGGGAAUCAAAUAGCCAUUGCGUAUGCUCGAGGAGUCGCGGUGAUCUUCAACCUUGAUUCAAAAGAAGUUAACAAGAUAUUCUACACGAAAAAUAAUCUGCAGAUUGAAGCGCUCGACUGGUUUGAUAAGAGACAAGUAUAUAUUGGAUUUAACGACGGAGCGACCUUAGUCUGGAAUCUCGACGAGAGCAUAUGCUCUUCCGAAUACGCAAAUAUUUAUGGCUCGCUGUGUGAGCGGAAUGAAAAAUGCAAACCUAUACAAAGAUUAAGUAAAUUAAAAGACAUCAAAAUAAUUCAUGGCGGUCUUCCUCGCUCGUCUUACGGUGAUAGAUAUUCAAUAACUGUCUGCUCUUCAACCAUAACAGUCGCCUUUGACUUUUCUUCAAAAAUCAUCGACUACCGUCUUACUGCAACUAAAAAUGGAGAUGCGGAGGCAUUAAUUGUUCUUUGCGAAGAAGAGCUUGUCGCCAUUGACCUGAUAUCUCCGAAUUGGCCUGUAUUAAGGAGUCCGUACUUGGCUUCCCCGCACUCUUCAGCACUCACAGGCUGCAACAUGUCCCAAGUAUCAAAAACUAUUCUGGCAAAGAUCAAAAACCUGUGCAAAGGAGAUGAUAAAAAGUACUCGUCAAGAGCGUGGCCAAUCAACGGAGGCAAGAAGCUUUCACAUCAACCAGCGGAUCAAGAAGACGCACUUUGUCCGGUGAUCUUGACCGGGCACGAAGAUGGCGCUGUUAGAAUAUGGGAUUUGUGUGAUAACAACUUUCAACUGAUUGCAAAAAUUGAAACUGCUCAUUAUUUCAUAACGGACGAUGAGGGCGAGCCAGAAGAAGAAGAGGAGUGGCCACCAUUCCGGAAGGUCGGCGAGUUUGAUCCUUAUUCCGACGACCCGCGACUAGGGAUUAGAAAAAUAGAGAUAUGUCCGACGUCAGGGGCUGUACUAAUUGGUGGAACAGCUGGACAAGUUGUUAUUGUUCAUCUCGUAUCAGACUCGAACGAUAACAAACCUCUCUACAAAACGAUAGACGUGGUAAAAGAUCAAUCAAGCGUGGUAUGGAAGGGACAUCCUGCCCUACAAAGCAAGGACGCCCAUAGAUACGAGCCAAAAGGAUACCAGGCUCAUUGUAUCGGCCAAAUGAUGCCGCCAGCUGCAAUCACUUCGGUUGCUAUUGAGUCAUCGUGGGGUCUUGUAGGAAUUGGAACGAGUCAUGGUUAUGCGCUCUUCGACUACAGAAUAAUGAAUGUUGUGGUGGCUAAAUGCACGCUACAGAAUGCAGAUCCAGCUCAAGAGGGAGGACUUUCUCGAUUCUCGAAUAUGAAGCAAUCUCUGCGCCAGUCGAUGAGAAGAAUCCGGAGCUCGAUUCGCGUAAGAAAUAGAGGCUCAAUCAGGUCAUCUGGAAGAAGGCCGAUGAGCUUGCAGAGAAACGGAAAAUCAAAGAAGAUAGACGAGGCGAACAGACGACUUGAAGCAGAGAUGAAACAAGAAAGAGAGAUUGUGAUGCGUAAUACGCAAAUUCCAUCAGCAGAAACAUCUCGCACGGCGGCAAUAGUGAGAGUAACGUACUUUGCAACAACUUACACAAAAGACGGGCAUGGGAUCUCACCGUCCUUUUUUGUCGGUACCGCGGGUGGUUGCGUGGCUAUGUACGGGCUGAAUGUUCCGGACUAUAGUAAACGUUCCGAGCGAGCUGUAGAGCUGGUUAAUGGAAAGGAGCUGCAAUUGUCACACCGCGCCCCAGUUAUAAAUAUCACCGUGAUGGAUUCAAAAGGAGCUGUUGGGACUUCUUCGCCUUCGAAGUCAAACCAUCACUACUUGAUGGUUACGACUGAAGAGCAAGUGAAAGUUUUCAGUCUACCGAAAUUGCUUUCAAAGAAGAAGUUCAAGUUGACUGCGCUCGAAGGAUCCCUCAUGCUCAGAGCAAAGUCAUGUAGAUUUACGAACCAUAGUGCUCUUAUCACAGUUACGAAUCAGGGAGAAAUCAUCAUUUUCAAUCCGAAUGACAAGACAGUUGUUUUGGAGAAGCGUUUCGAGUGCAUUGAUAAAGUCAACAAAUACGGCCUAGUUUAUGCUCAAAUCGACCCUUGUGGCUUUGGAUUGUAUCCUCUUUCAAUGUCCGAGUUCCAACGAUAUUCUGUCAGCGCUAGCUAUUCCGCUUCCUUCCUUUGUUCUAUAAAACCAGUUAAAUAUUCACCUGAAGAUGAAAAUAGUUCACCUUAG